CCUAUAAGUUGCUUUUAUCGUUCGUUUCGUCAUCGCUUAGUGAAAUCGCGUGUUUAGGAAAGGUUAAGUUCCUGACGGCAGAAGCUGCUCAGUGAAGCAGCAUUUAACGCUGCGCAAAUUUAUUCUUUAACAACUUUAUAAUUGUUGCUACGCAACCAUUGAAUGUUGAAGAUAGCAAACUAGCCAGAACAAUGAACAUGGCAGCAAGUGCAGGAUUAACACGACAGGAGAUAUUGAUGCUUAUGGCGAGGCUGACAUGUGUUGCAGCAAUUGGUUUCUUCAGCAUGAGAUGGAUCAUUAGUCAGCUCGACCCUACUAGAAGUACUAAGCAAAGAGCCAAGAAAAAGGCUCGAGAGCAAUUACGUAAGCUAGCAGAGAACGAUAAAUAUGCGCGAUCCUUUGAUUUGGAUCAGCUGACAGAUUAUGAGAUGAUAAUAGCCAAUCAUUUGGUAGAUCCAAAUGAUAUCAAGGUGUCAUGGAGCAAUAUCGCUGGUUUAGAAAGCGUUAUUCAAGAGCUGAAGGAAACGGUUAUAUUGCCCAUACAGAGGAAGGAAUUGUUUGAAGACUCGCAGUUGACUCAGGCACCUAAGGGAGUAUUGUUAUACGGUCCGCCAGGUUGCGGCAAGACUAUGAUUGCAAAGGCUACUGCCCGGGAGGCAAAUACUCGCUUUAUAAAUCUGGAUGUGAGCAUCCUAACUGACAAGUGGUAUGGAGAAAGUCAAAAAUUGGCCGCUGCCGUCUUCUCGUUAGCAGUGAAACUGCAGCCCUGCAUUAUCUUCAUCGAUGAAAUAGAUUCGUUUCUAAGAGCACGCAAUUCACAAGAUCACGAAGCUACAGCAAUGAUGAAGGCCCAGUUUAUGUCACUGUGGGACGGAUUGAUAACCGAUCCCGAUUGUACUGUGAUUAUAAUGGGAGCCACUAAUAGGCCACAAGAUUUAGAUAAAGCAAUACUCCGGCGUAUGCCGGCAACUUUCCACGUUAGUUUGCCGAAUGAGCAGCAACGAUUAAAAGUCCUACAGUUAAUUUUGAAAAACGAGCCAAUCGCAGAUAAUGUAGAAAUUGCGACAAUAGCGAAGCACACAGAAGGCUUCUCUGGAUCGGAUUUGCAGGAGCUUUGUCGGAAUGCGUCCAUUUAUCGUAUCAGAGAUUAUUUAUAUUCGCAUGACGAAGAGAAAUAUGAAAACAGUGCAAAUGACGAACUCGGCGAAGAGUUUCACGACACUGUACGGCCCAUCACGAUGGAGGAUCUGCUCAAAUCGUUCAGAAAGAUGAGAACAUCGAAACUACACACGGGCACGCUUAGCACGAGACAAUUGGAUCUAGAUUAAAGAAAUAAAUUCAUCCUUUUAGCUGCUGUUUAUAAUUGUCCUCUUGGCAGUUUUUCGUAAGUUACAUAGACAUUACGACAA